AUGUCGGUUAAGUUCUAUAAAGUGUGGAUUGUCGCGCAGAUUCGAACAAGACUAGAUGCGAUCUAUCGGUCCUACAGGCUAGAACCUACUCACGGAGGUGUACAAUACACCCGGGAGGAGACUAGGAAAUGGAAGGAACUAUUCACCAAUAUUAACACCGGCAACGACAACCACAAGAACCCUGAUAACCGUGUUAUCGAUCCACGGGAGUAUAUUGAAUAUGCAAGAAGUGAGGGUCUGGCCUUGAAUGAUAAGGAGGCCGAGCAGUGGUUUAAUGAUAUGGAUAAGAAUCACAAUGGCAAAGUCUCAUUUAAAGAAUUCAUCAACGAGUUUGGUAAAAAGUUCGAGAACCAACGUGGCCACAAGAAGGACGCAUAG